AUGGCCAUUGAAAGCUCUGCUGACUACAGCGACUUUUCCCGACUGCAUCCAUCACCAAUCCUCGUUUCUCCCUACACUACACCCACCUCCCCCCCCCCCACGCAAUUGCUCGUUGCCUCUGGUCAAUUGCCUCUCCCACCUCCCGCCAUGUCGCUCUCCGCUACCUCCACCACUCUGCUGCGCACCUGCGCCCGCCAGCAGCUGCCCACCGCCCGGGCCGCGGUCGCCUCCUGCCAGCGGAGGGCCGUCUCGGACAAGUCGUCCUUUGACAGCCCCUUCGGCAGCUCCCAGGAGUACUCCUCGACCCUGAAGAUCCCCAAUUUCAGCAAAUACUCCUCCAACAAGUCGCCACGCUCCAACCAGGUCUUCUCCUACUUCAUGGCCGGGUCCCUCGGUCUGGCCUCUGCCGUCGGUGCCAAGGCUACCGUGCAGGACUUCUUGGUCAACAUGUCCGCCUCCGCCGACGUCCUGGCUCAGGCCAAGGUUGAGGUCGCUCUCGGCGCCAUCCCGGAGGGCAAGAAUGUCAUCAUCAAGUGGCGCGGCAAGCCCGUCUUCAUCCGCCACCGCACCCAGGAUGAGAUCACUGAAGCCCGUGAGGAGAAAUGGGAGGAUCUGCGCGACCCCCAGUCCGACGAGGACCGCGUACAGCGGCCCGAGUGGCUGGUCAUGCUUGGUGUCUGCACCCACCUGGGAUGUGUCCCCAUCGGCGAGGCCGGCGACUACGGCGGCUGGUUCUGCCCCUGCCAUGGCUCCCACUACGAUAUUUCCGGCCGUAUCCGGAGGGGCCCUGCACCUCUGAACCUUGAGGUUCCUCAGUACAGCUUCCCCGAGGACGAGACCCUCGUUAUCGGUUAA